CUUCAUGGUUUCCUGGGGACUGGCGAUGACUGGAUUGCUAUCAUGAAGGCUAUAUCAGGAUCAGCAAGAUGCAUCUCGGUUGACCUUCCUGGUCAUGGAAAAUCAAUAAUAAACGCAGUAAAAAUUGCUGGCCAGGAACCGUGUUUAUCUCUGGAGAUGAUUGCUGGUUUAUUACACAAUCUAAUCCAACAUAUGACUCCGGCAAAGGUUACUCUUGCUGGGUAUUCAAUGGGAGCAAGGAUUGCGUUAUACAUGGCAUUGAAAUUUGGUUACAAGGCUAAAGGAGCUGUCCUAAUAUGGGAGCCCUGGGGGAGCAGUGGAGGAGGUAACUUUUUUGUUCGAACAUUCAGAUUGUUCGGGCAUUUUGCUGAUCUUAUUAUACUGCUAUGA